CGCUUGUAGCGCCGGCGUUCGGAUGGCGGAGCUUCAGGCUGAGUCGGAACCUCUUCUGGGCCGGGCCCACGGGGGCCGCGGCCGCGACUCCCCGCCGUCGGGGUUGUCCGCUUUCAGUAGCAUCCAAGUCGGCCCCGGUGCCAUGGCCAGGCAGGACCUUUGCAUCAACCAGGCUGUGGUCUUCAUUGAAGAUGCUGUUCAGUACCGCUCCAUCUACCACCGCAUGGAUGCCCGCUCCAUGUGGCUUUACCGAUGGUAUUACUCGAACCUGUGCCAGCGGACUCUGAGCUUUACUAUCUUUUUGAUCCUGUUUUUGGCUUUUAUUGAGACCCCGUCCUCACUCACAAGGACUGCAGAUGUGCGUUACCGCUCCCCACCCUGGGAGCCACCCUGUGGCCUGACAGAGGCCGUGGAGCUACUCUGCCUGCUGGUCUUUGUGGCCGACGUCUCCGUGAAGGGUUACCUGGUUGGAUGGUCCCAGUUCCAGAAGAACCUCUGGCUGCUGGCCUACCUCACGGUGCUAGCCGUGUCCCUGGUGGACUGGGCUGUGUCCCUGAGUCUCCUUUGUCAGGAGCCACUGCGCCUGCGCCGCCUCCUGCGCCCCUUCUUCCUGCUGCAGAACUCCUCCAUGAUGAAGAAGACCUUAAAGUGCAUCCGAUGGUCUCUGCCAGACAUGGCCAGCGUCGGGCUGCUGCUGGCCAUUCACUUGUGCCUUUUCACGAUGCUCGGGAUGCUGCUGUUCACUGUGGGCGAGAAGGAUGCAGAGCCGAACAGGGAGAGACUGGCCUACUUCCGGAGCCUGCCAGAGGCUCUGACCUCCCUCUUGGUGCUGCUGACCACGGCCAACAACCCUGAUGUGAUGAUUCCUGCAUAUUCCAAGAACCGGGCCUACGCCAUCUUCUUCAUAGUCUUCACCCUGAUAGGAAGCCUGUUUCUCAUGAACCUGCUCACUGCCAUCAUCUACAACCAAUUCCGUGGCUACCUGAUGAAAUCUCUGCAGACCUCCCUGCUCCGGCGACGCCUGGGGACCCGUGCUGCCUAUGAAGUCCUUUCCUCCAUGCCAGGGCAGGCGGGAGCCACUCCUGAGGCAAUUGGGGUGAAGCCUCAGAACUUCCUGCAGGUGCUUCAGAAAGUGCAGAUGAGCCAUUCCCACAAGCAGGCCCUCAUGGAGAAGGUGCGAUCCUACAAUGAUGUCCUACUGUCCAUCGAUGAGUUCCAGAAGCUCUUUGACGAGCUUGACAAAAGUGUGAUCAAAGAGCACCCGCCAAGGCCCCAGUACCAGUCUCCGUUUCUCCGGACCGCCCAGGUCUUCUUCGGCCACCAGUACUUCGACUACCUGGGGAAUGUCAUCGCCCUGAGCAACCUCGUGUCCAUCUGCGUGUUCCUGGUACUGGACGCCGACGUGCUGCCUGGGAACCGAGAUGACUUUGUCCUGGGGAUCCUGGACUGCAUCUACAUCCUGUACUACGUGCUGGAGCUGCUGCUCAAGGUCUUCGCUCUGGGCCUGUGGGGCUACCUGUCCUACCCCAGCAAUGUAUGCGACGGCCUUCUCACCUCCAUCCUGCUGGUUUUGGAAAUCUCUACUCUGGCUGUGUAUGGAUUCCCACACCCACGCUGGAAGCCAGAGACGCUGGGGCUGCUGUCCCUAUGGGACAUGACGCGGCUGGUGAACAUGCUCAUUGUGUUCCGGUUCUUGCGCAUCGUCCCCAACAUGAAGCCUAUGGCCAUGGUGGUCAGUACCGUACUGGGCCUGAUCCAGAACUUGCGGGCCUUUGGUGGAAUCCUGGUGGUGGUGUACUACGUGUUCGCCAUCAUUGGGAUCAGCAUGUUCCGAGGCACCAUCGUGGCUCCUUUAGGAAACAGCAGCCUGGCCCCUGCCAAUGGCUCUGCGUCCUGUGGGAGCUUUGAGCAGCUGGAGUACUGGGCCAACAACUUCGAUGAUUUUGCGGCCGCCCUGGUCACCCUGUGGAAUGUGAUGGUGGUGAACAACUGGCAGGUGAUCCUGGACGCCUACGAACGCUACGUGGGCCCGUGGUCAAAGAUCUACUUUGUGCUGUGGUGGCUGGUGUCAUCCGUCAUCUGGGUCAACCUCUUUCUGGCUCUACUCCUGGAGAACUUCCUCCACAGGUGGGACCCCCGAAGUCAUGAACAGCCCCCUGCUGGGACCUCAGAGGCCACCUACCAGAUGUCGGAGGAACUCAUGUUCAGGGACAUCCUGGAGGAGCCUGGGGACGAGGAGCUGAUGGAGAAGCUGCGUCGUCAUCCCCACCUGUGGCUGUGCAGGUGAUAUCCGGGCGGCCUUCGUGCCCUGGGAACCACGUGUCGUGGAAGAGGCAGCUGGCUGUGGCCAGGCAGGAGGACUGUGCCUCUGACAGGCCACAUCUCAGGGAACAGGCGGAGGUGGGACAAGGACAGCCCAGGCUUGCCUGCGGUGUGGAUGAUGUGGCGCUUUUGGUGGCACUGUGCUGUGCUGCUCUCUUCUCCAAGCUGCUUCAGGGAGAUGAGACGGUCAGUUUCCUGAAAAGGAGGCAGUGACUGUCCUCUCGGGGCCUGUAGCCCCCAUGGUGCCUUCGCUGCUGGUGGCCUUCAGUGACUGGAGCCCUGUACAGGGCCUGCACAGGGUAACUCAUAGAUUCCAUGCCCUGAGUGGAAGGUGCUGGGUGUUUUACACAAAGGGAAUGUUCACUAUAUUUUAUUAUUUUAUGGAUUAUGUGUGUGAUUGGGGGUGUGUUUAUGGGUCAGAAUGCCACUAAUUUUCAGCGGUAAGUCUUGCAAACAAUGAGAUUGUUAUUCUUCCUUCAGUGUGACUCUGGUCCUACUUCUCUGAAAGCCACUGGGUAAGGUUGUUUAGGUUGUGCACGGUACAAGGGUACCUGACCCUGUGGCUGUAUCCUGGCACUUGGGUUUCUGACUGUUGUGAGGAGCACCUUUUACUGAUUUGCUCAAAAGCUUAUAAGCCUGCAGUGGUCCUUUUUUGGGUAUCCAUGGUGUGUGGUAGAGGGGGCUGGAUUGGGGACAGGGAAGAAGUGAGCUCUGUGACAGGCCACAAUGUCACUUGAUUCACCUUGAUCCAGGUUGACUAGUGGUUUUGGUAUUCAUGUACUAGCUCCAGUGCUUGGGUGCGCAGCUUCUGGAGGUUUCCACAGAAGGGAAUGUGGAUAUCCAUGAGUGAUGCUUACCAGGGUUGAUGCGUGAUGCCUGCAGGGUUUGAUGAGUGAUGUCCGCUGUGGGCUCUGUGGGCAUUAAGGGUGUGAAUGUCACCCCACUGCUGGAAGUGAGCUCCCUAGUCUUGCCACAGUGGGUCUGGAAAUGGGAUUUGAGGAUAGCAUGACUGAAAAAGGACUAGACUUGCCAUGCAAUGAGCUGCCUUGGGUGGUGCAGAUGCCAGUGAGGGAGUUAGGUCCCUGGCAUAGUGUGGCUUCUGUCUGGCCCUGGGGCUUGUCUGAAGUCCUGGCUGUUUCCUGGACCCUUUUUUUGGGGGGCCUCUGGAGUUGUGAGGGGACUCCCAGACCUCUCCCCAACCACCUCUCUGGAAGCUGGUGAGUGCAGAGGACU